AAAGUCGCCAAUAACAAAAUGGACAGAUCUAUCACUUCAGAUGAUUAGCAAUACUUGACAAUUAAAUGAAAUGUCCUCCCCGUCGCCUACACCAGUACGUGCUAUCUAUGGGUUUAUUCUCUACUUGGCAGCUUAUGUGAUAUUUGUUGUGUAUAUUGUAUGGGCCUAUGUUCCUGAUGUGUUGUUAGAAGCUGUUGAGCUGUCAUAUUUACCCCAGAAAUACUGGGCAGUGGCUGUACCUUGUUAUUUAUGUAUGUUAUGGUUACUGGCAUACCCGGCUUGGUUUGGUUACAUACAUCUUUGUACUGCUCCAUUAGAUUCCACUGAUUUGAUAUCUGAUGAAUAUUCACAAGUUCCAAAUACAAAGAGUGUAAUUUGUGCUGAAAGUACUCCUCCAUUAGCUGAUAUUUCCAUAUCAGAUGUGAAUAGAAAACUGUAUCUAUAACUUGUGCAAUCCUUGUUAGAGCUUAUCAGCAU